CUUUUCUUCUUCUUUUUCCCCUCUUUCUUUGUCAUAAAAUACCUUCUGAUUCAACAGCUUCAUCUUUCUAUCUCCCUCUCUCGACGUAUCCCUUCAUUUCUGUCAAAAAUAUCCCACCCUUCUUUAUACCUUUGUCGUGCAUAGCAUCACAAUCAUCAUGGUUGAAUACCUCGGGCACUCAAACACAGUCGAAGAUUCCGGCAAUCCAUACUUGUACAGGCCGCAUGACACGACACAACCACAAGCAGUAGCAGUAGCAGUAGCAGAGACGACACCACCGUACGCAGGCUCGCUUGAACCGUACUUUACCGACAUAUUCCAGCCAAAAUCUCGCAACAGUAGUGGCAGCGCCCUGUUUACACGGCAGUUGACAUCGAUAGGCAAUAUAAAUUCUAUGCUAGCAGGCCUUCAGCAGCACUGCCCAGACAGCUUUCUGGAAUCACUCAGCGGAACGUCAUCGGAUGUGUCCGACGGAACUCAGCAGCAACAACAACAACAACAACACGGCCCAUUUUUGCCAGGACAGCAAUAUCCCACGCCUUUAUCAACAAUCCCUGCAGCUCAUGCAAGACAUAAUUCAACACCUCCACAUCAACAGCCGUUAAUUCCUCCACAUCACACUUUCACAUCUAACGUCACUUACGAUACUAUUACUGGUAGCAGCACUAGUUUUGGGCAGGAUCCCAGAGACACAGCUACCGGUAUAUUGACGAAUCCGGACAAUAGCAAUUGCUUCUCAUGGUUGACUAGCGAAAGCAUUAAUACAUACACCACAGCCAGCGGCAGCACCAGCACUGGUCAGGUCAAUCACCAUCCUCAUCAUCUUUCUCAUAAUCGUACUGCAUCAAACUGCUCGUUGCCGUCGACGACAACGACUGAGGACUUACCGUCACCUGCAUCUCAUACAAAUGAUGAGCAACUACCACCACAGCUUUAUCUCCACGACGGCCAGUUUUCAAGCUGCAGUAAUGAAUCUUUUGCGCUGUCAUCUCCGGUCAAACAGCCAAGGCAUAGCCCUCUAAUCACUCAACACUCGUCGGGGUCGUCGUCAUCAUCCGAUUUUCAUCUUUUGGGGUACGGAUAUACCGGACAAGUUCAACGAGCGCAGCCACUGUUUACAGAAGAAGAGCUCAAGGACAACAACGAGUUUUUUCCGCCGCUACAAAUGCUGCAAGAUCAGCAAAACAACAAUAAUAACCGUCGCCGUCGCCAGCAGCGCCAUUACCGGCAAUCUUCGUGGCAACAAGAGAGCAACAGCAUCGGUGGCAGAAGGAGACAAACACUUCCAGACACUAAUGCGGAACGCGCUGGCAGUAGUAAUAGCAGCAGUAGUAGCACCAGCAGUAAUGCAUUACCAUCGCAAUCUGAUCUACUUAAAGAAGCUGACGAAAGGCCACAUCAAUGUAACCACUGUAAGAAGGGAUUUAAUCGACAACAAGAUUUGAAACGACAUAACAAAUCGAUCCACGAGAAGCAGUUCGUUCAUGGAUGCUCUGUCUGCCAGCGAUCCUUUAGCCGUCACGACUCACUAUUGAGGCAUCAGAAGAAAUGUCGCAGCGACCCUUCAUUCUCCUCGAAUGAAAGCACCAGUAAUAAUAGCAGCAUCAUUAGCAAUAACCGUCAUUAUCAUCCUCUUAACAGCAAAAAUAAUAAUCGCCCUCAUCCAAUUCAGCGUCGCAGUGGUAGAUUAUCAGCAGUAGUUCCACUACCAACAGCAACGCGACGGCAUCCCACUUUAUACAAUUGAUCUUCCACCUUUCUUUUUCAUUUUAUUUUUUCCGUUAUACAACUUCAUCCUUUUUUCUAUUAUUUUUGCUACUAUUAUUAUCACAGAACAGUCAUCGCCGUAUUGUAUUCUCUCUCCUUUCCACCUUUUGUCAUUAAUAUAUUCAUGCAUG